GAGAAAUACCAGCUCUUUGUCUCUCUGGUGCCAAGUGGGAACUGUACUCUGAUUAUCAAUCCCACAGAAGACACGGACAGUGGAAUAUAUGAAUUCUGGAUGUCGGUGAAUGAGGAACUGUAUGAACCCUCUUCCAAGAUCAAAGUUGACAUUUUAGAUGAAAAGAAAACUUCUUCUCAAUCACGGGCAUUUUGGUCCAAGAAAACUACAACCGCUUCAACUACUACAACUACUAGAACAACUCCAACUAUUAAGACUACUAAAAUAACUACAACUACUAGAACCACUACCACCACUCCAACUAGUAGAACUACUGUAAGAACCAGCACAAAGCCGCCAGCUACAGACAGCAGUGAUAACACCAUGAGCGCGGUACCUGUAGCGCUGCUCAUUGUCCUACCAGCGCUUGUGCCAGCCAUAGUCAUUUUAGGACUUGUAAGUUAUCUGUAUUGCAAAUUGAAGUUUAAACGUGAAUCUGUGGAUGUAGAAAACCCACAAGUGAGCACCCCAGCAACAGAGUCUCAGAGUGCAACAACUCUUGAAGUUGAGGAGGAAAUUAAUGAGGAGGAAAUUGAAGAGGAGGAAACUAGUGAAGUAGAGGAAACUAGUAAAGAAGAAACUAGUGAAGAAGAGGAAACUAGUGAAGAGGAAACUAGUGAAGAAGAGGAAACUAGUGAAGAGGAAACUAGUGAAGAAGAGGAAACUAAUGAGGAUGGCAAUGAGAAGUGAUCUCUUAAAGAGAAGCCAAGUGAAGACAAUGAAAAACAAUAUGAAUCGUUGUCUCCAGAACCAGGAGUGGAAUAACGGGGUACCAUGCCCACAUCGGUUCAUCUGGUGAUGUAGAGAAGCCUGCUCCAGUGAACUGACAGCGUAUGGGCAUGGUACCUACAUUGUACAGGCCACAAAAGGUGGCAAAUGUGUAGGACCGCAUCAUAAGAAAGAAGGGAGCUGCACAGAAUUGGGGGAGAUUUAAAUCGUUGUCAAAUCUUCUUACCCAAUGCGGCUCCCUUUGGUGCGGGGGUGGGUUAGGGGCAUACGUGUACGUAUAGAUACAUAUGUAGA